UCAAUAUUCUGACUUAUGUGUGCUGUGUUUGUCGGGCGCAGGGAGCCAGUGGACGAGGUCCUGCAGAUGCCUCCUUCUCUGCUGAUGUGCGGCGGCUGCCAGCAGAGCAUCGGCGACCGCUUUUUCCUAAAGGCCAUCGAGCAGUACUGGCACGAGGACUGCCUCAGCUGCGACCUGUGUGGCUGCCGCCUCGGAGAGGUUGGCCGCCGCCUGUACUACAAGUUGGGAAGGAAACUGUGUCGUCGAGACUACCUAAGGCUUUUUGGACAGGAUGGCCUCUGUGCUUCCUGUGAGAAGAGAAUCCGAGCAUUCGAGAUGACCAUGCGUGUGCGGGACAAAGUCUAUCACCUGGAAUGUUUCAAGUGCGCUGCCUGCCAGAAGCACUUCUGCGUUGGCGACCGCUACCUGCUCAUCAACUCAGAUAUUGUCUGCGAACAGGACAUCUAUGAGUGGACCAAACUCAACAAUAACAGUAUGGUAUAGAGCAACAUGGACAUUUUGGGUCUUCUGGGCUUUUUAAAUCGCUGCUUUUGCAGAGGAACAAUGAAUAAUAAACACAGACUUUUUCCCAGCAUCACGCACGCUUGGAAGUGCCUGGCCACUUCAUGUGGAAACUGUUUUACACAAAAGUGGAGGAGGCUCAUCAUUUCUGCACUGUAACAGGCAGCUUUUCAUCUCAGGCCUCACAAAUGCAAAACAAUCGGAAUUAACAUGCAAUAACAGGUAUUUGUCCAUCUAAAGGGACUUUUGUCAAAUGGAGCAAAAUCACAGCAACCUUUGCAGCUGAAAACUGUUUCAUUUGCCUUUACCAUGUUUGGACAAAAUGACAUACAUUUUCAAUUGUAGAUUUUGUACUACAUCAUGAUAAAGUUCCUUAAAAAAAUUACAUUAAAUACGUAUUUUAACAGAGCAGGGAUGUCCAAUCUACAGCCUUAGGGGCCACCCCCACCCCCUCCCACACAUACA